AUGGCAGGCGCUGGCGAGCGCAAAGGCAAGAAGGAUGACAAUGGCAUUGGCACGGCCAUUGACUUUGUUCUCUCGAAUGCCCGGCUGGUGCUGGGUGUGGGUGGAGCAGCCAUGUUGGGCAUUGCCACGCUGGCGGUUAAGCGGAUGUACGAUCGGGCAAUCAGUGCCCCUACCAGCCCCACCCGCAUGAGCCAUUCAGGGAAGAGGAGCUGGGAAGAGCCAAACUGGAUGGGCUCUCCUCGGCUGUUGAACAAGGACAUGAAGACGGGUCUGAGCCGGUCCCUGCAGACCCUUCCCACAGACUCCUCUGCCUUUGACACAGAUACAUUCUGCCCGCCCCGGCCCAAACCAUUGGCCAGGAGGGGCCAGGUAGACUUGAAGAAGUCACGACUCCGCAUGUCCCUGCAGGAGAAACUUCUUUCUUACUACCGGAACCGGGCAGCCAUCCCUGCUGGAGAGCAGGCUCGGGCCAAGCAAGCUGCGGUGGACAUAUGUGCUGAGCUCCGGAGCUUCCUGCGGGCCAAGCUGCCUGAUAUGCCACUUCGGGACAUGUACUUGAGUGGCAGCCUCUAUGAUGAUCUGCAGGUGGUGACAGCUGACCACAUCCAACUCAUAGUUCCCCUUGUGCUGGAGCAGAACCUGUGGUCAUGUAUACCUGGCGAGGACACCAUCAUGAAUGUCCCUGGAUUCUUCCUGGUCCGUCGUGAGAACCCAGAGUACUUUCCCCGUGGUAGCAGUUACUGGGACCGCUGUGUUGUAGGUGGCUACCUCUCCCCGAAGACAGUGGCAGACACAUUUGAGAAGGUAGUGGCAGGCUCUAUCAACUGGCCAGCCAUUGGGUCCCUCUUGGACUAUGUCAUCCGGCCAGCACCACCUCCAGAGGCCCUGACACUAGAAGUGCAGUAUGAGAGAGACAAACAUCUUGUUAUUGAUUUUCUGCCGUCAGUGACCCUUGGUGACACUGUCUUGGUGGCCAGGCCACACCGGUUAGCUCAGUAUGACAACUUGUGGCGGCUGAGCCUGCGCCCUGCUGAGACAGCACGCUUACGAGCUUUGGACCAGGCUGACUCGGGCUGCCGAUCUCUGUGCCUCAAGAUCCUCAAGGCCAUCUGCAAGUCCAAUCCAGCUCUGGGCCACCUCACUGCCAGCCAGCUAACCAAUGUCAUUCUCCACUUGGCCCAGGAGGAGGCUGACUGGUCUUCAGACAUGCUGGCCGACCGCUUUCUGCAGGCCCUGAGGGGACUCAUUAGCUACUUGGAGGCUGGAGUCUUGCCCAGUGCCCUGAACCCCAAGGUGAACUUAUUUGCAGAGCUCACCCCUCAAGAAAUAGACGAAUUGGGAUAUACUCUCUACUGCUCAUUGUCUGAGCCGGAGGUGCUGCUACAGACGUAGGGCAGGUGAAGGCCGGAGUGGGCGUCAGUGAUCAGACCCAGAGUCUCCGUUAGAAACACUUGGCUACGUGCUUGGUGCCUCACAAGGGUCCCUAGGUGCCUCCUGUUUUCCUGGUCACUUCAUGCUCAUGAAAAACAGACAUCCCUUCAGUUCUCUUACCCAUCCCUAUUUUUGUUUUUUGUUACCAAACACUGUGCUUCCUAAUUGCCGCCUUGCUCUAGGCUGAUUUUUUUUUUUUUUUUUUGGAAAAAAAAACAAACAAAAACAGAGAAGGUAGAGUGCUGGCCUUAGCUGUUGGGUGUUUUGUUUUUUGGCCCGAAUUUCUUGCUUUUUGUCUGCGCCAUACUGUUAUGCCCUUUGUCCAUUUAUUCACUGUCUUCUCUGUCUUUUGUUUUCUUGGUCACACCUAUUUGCUCUUACCCCCUGGGGCAUAUUUGUCUAAUUAAGAUGUUGCCUGUAGUCAACAUCACCGAAGAACCGAUUGCAUGUUUCCAAGCUGAGCUCUGCAGAGUAAUGAGACAGUAUUUAGGUUUCCAGAGUGAGGCUGGCAAAGAGUCUCUGCCCUGGCAAAUCGUUUUGACUCUAGUUCCUGGAAAACAAGCUCCUCUCCUCUUACCCCAAGCAAGUCCUGUUCAUCUGUGCUAAGAAUUUUUCACCCGGCGAUGGUGCAUUGACCCACAUAGGAGCCCGAUGCAGUUAUUUUAUUGCAGGUGCUUCGUUGUGGCUAUGAGUGAAGAGCAUAGGGUAGGGCUCUGAAGCUGAUUUGGAGGGCCUGUGUGUUCCCACUGUGUUUCUGUAUGUGAUCACCAAAGUCACACAGACAGGGAAGGAUUGGGGCCUUCACAGGUGGCACCUCUAAUGAUGCUGGUUUCCCAUUUAUUUCCAGUAGAAGGCGGCCUUGCUUUAGCAGUAGAGGCCAAAGGAGGGCAAUGGGAGGCCAAGUGUCAGCUGAAACCCAGUGGCCAUGUUUUCUUUCUUGACAGGCUCACCCUUCCUAAAUGUUGCCUUAGAGCAAGAACAUACCCAGGGCCAAUACCUCCCGCCCGACCCCUAUCCUGAGUGAUCUGAGAGAAUGUUUGCUGAGCACUAUAGGUACCUUCACAGGCCAGGGAGCACAUGAGCAUGCCAGCCUUUGUCCUUAGCCUGACUCCUGGGGAGACUGACGCUACCAAGGACAGGAGUUCAUACAGGAAGGGCUUGGGGCUUCCCACAUUGCUGCUAAGAUUGCUAUUUAUGGCCAUGUAAUUGUAUCCUGCUGGUGGGGGAAGGGAGGUGUUUAGAAUGUCAUGCCAUUGUCUUCCAUUCAUGACGAGGCUGACAGUAACUGGUUCUCAUUUGCCCAUCUAGUAUUUUGUUCUGCCACCAAGUCUUUGUUUUAUCUAUUCUUACUACCUCUCCAUCAGUGUGAUUCUGGUGAUGCACUCUGCAGUUGUGUCGGCCCUUCCUAAUGAAGGUGACAUGAAAUGACUAUAAAUAGCACGGACCCUGCAGCAGCCCACUUGAAAUGAGUGUAGAGAAGAUGCCUGCCUUUUUCUUUUCAUAGGAAGUUGAACCAGGCUAUAUUUAGUCUUUCUGCUUCUCCCAUAUAUGCACAAGGACUCCUUCAGGAGUCUCUCUUUGAUUUUUCUAAGAUAGUAUGAGAAACUUACAAAAGAUAAAGCCAAGAACCUUAGCUGAAAUAUCUGUCCUCUGACUGUUAAAAGAGUGAGGUAGGAGUUGAAAACACCUGUUGCCUGCCUCAGUUGGACUGUGUACUUACAGAAGGGCUGACAUGGAGUUCAUGGUUCUAGCUGGUGCCUGUUGGGGGGAGGGUUGAUAGAGUGCUGCAAAACCAGAUUUUUAGAUAGGAUUUGGAUUUCCUGUCAUAAGUAUUAUAAGAUUCCCAAGCUGUCAGCUCUGAACUGAUUCCAUUUAAGAUGCCGGAAAGAGUGCAAAUGAACCCCCCCAAACUUGAAGAUGCUCAAGAUAUCAAAAGUCCCAAAUAAUCACAGCCAUAUGUCAUUGUGAACUUAGGAAAAGCAAUGAAUUCAUUUCCUAUCUUUAUGAACAGCAUUGACUUUUGGACUGUGCUUUGCAAAAACCAAAAUCAUGACUUGGCCAUUUUAUAAACUAGAGCCUCUUAGAAGUCUUCAGAACAAGGAAACGUGGGACUAGCUCUGUCCUGGUGGGUUUGUGCAUUAGCCGAGCACACCUUCCUCUUGCUGUCAUUUUCUUUGUCAUAAAGUAUGGGAGGUGGCCAAAUGCUCGGGGAUGCUUGCAUGGGAAAAAAAUUGUGCUGCUCCUUCCUUCUCUGCUACCCUUUGUUGAAAGACCCGGUGGCUGUGCCACCACUCUGCCUUUCUCUUCAGUAACUCCCACUUUUGCUUGAAGGAAAUGCCAAUGUCAGGCCGCUACUUCUGUCUGGGAGGUAUUUUGACAUUGUCUAGGUUAGCAGACUACAUACUUGAUGCCUAAAACUGUACUUAUUACCCUGAUACCCAAGUAAAUCCAAGUUUAUUUUGGUUCUUCUCUAUUGUCCUUACCCCCAAACAGAAUUUGGGAUAGCAGUAUUUUUCUUCAUAUUAACAGUUGACACUUUUUAAAAACAAAGAAAAACUUGGAGUGGCCCAUCCUUUCCUGUGUUGGCCCUCCACUGUAAUCCAGCCAAAGGCUCAGCCAGUUAAGAUGAAUCAGCUUCAGGAACAGGGCCCUGAGGGGUUCCGGCAGCUGAAGUGUGCUCAGAGCCUUCUGCCAAGGCGCACUUCCUUGGGAUUAUGACUUGACAGAACUGGGAACAUCUGCUACAACUCUGGCUUUUUUAGCUCAAAGUCCAGGCCAAGGUAAAUGAUGAAGGACUUGAGACUAGAGUUGGCCCUUGUACCAGGUUGGGAGGUUGUAAGCCUCUCUUAAGUGUCCAAAAUACCAGCAUGUAAUUUCUUUAACUACAGAUGGGGGUGAGGUGGGUGUUAACUUUUAUUUUGAUCACUUUGUAGUCUUUAAACUCUUGGUCCCUGAGGCCAGGUCCACAACUUGCCUUCCAGUCACUUGCCUGCCCUUCCGUGGUGGUCAGUGUGUUAAGCUGGUAGAAUGGAUCUUUGUGUCACCAAUCUUUGUGUCCUGUCCUGGCUGGGUCUGUUAGAGGAGCAGCUUAGCUCUGAGGCCCAGAGAACCUUCAUUCCUUUUUCUCCUGAAGAAGGAUAUUCGGCUGGGGAAAAACAGCAUCUUCUGCAGCAUGGGAAGAAGAAAAUAAAAAUCUCCUUUCCGACAA